UCCGGUAUUUUUGCACAAAAACUGGAAUUUUCUUUUUUCCUCUAUAUUUUGAUCAUAUGGCCGUCUAAAAGCUAAGAAAUGGGUGGUGAGCAAUGGAAAACGAUUGCUCCAUGUUUGAAACAUCUGACAGAGCUAAUUCAGCGGGAUGGAAGUCUUUCUGGGCUGUGUCCUGGCAGUAUCAGGAUUGUGGAUGUCAACACAAGUUCAAGCUGUUCAUUGUUAGAGAAGGCACCAUGUGGUGAUAGGUUUAAAAUGCGGAUACCAUAUGCUGGAGUCUCAAUUGAAUGGGAGGUGCUAUUUGACCUUCAUCAGCCUCAUCAAGCUCCAGACUUCAUAUUCAGCCAAGAAGACAAAGAUUUUCAAGUAGACUUAGACAUGGUGCCUAGUUUGGUCCACUGGAAUCCUAAAAAGCCAGAUAGUUUAUUGCGGGUAACUGAGGAGGUCCUCCACCAAUACAAAGAAUACCACCGAUCCCUGGUGAAUCACCAUGUUCGUCUCCAGUUUGAAUACUCAUCAUUUAUAGAGCAAGAACAGUUUCGAGAGGACGAUAUCGAAAUACAUGUUGGCAGAAAAAGUGAGAAAAAAAUUGGCCCAGUCAAUUUCCUAAUAAAACUGCCCAUCAAUUUUGCUCGGAUCCCAGCUAUACUUACCAAAGAUAACCCAGGGGAAGACGCAGCUGUGUUGUUGAUCAGCUUUCACUCGCCCGAUAGCAUGAACAGCAAGAUUACCCCACAGUUGUACCUCUCACCAAGAGUAGAACAUUGUAUAGGAGGGUGCAGUAGUCUUCGGGUACCACCCUGGCCGACGGGAGGCUGCCUGAUGGACUAUGUACCAGUUGUAAGUAGGCUCUUGGAGAAAAAAGUGGAGAAGGUCAUUGCAGGAUUUGAGAAGAGGAAAGAUUAUAUUGCUGCAUUCCUUAGCCAUUUUGGGAGGUCGGUCAUUGAGUACGACAUGGAAGGUUUCUCAAAAAUAUCUUUAAUGUUGGAGUGGAACGAUUUCUUCUUUAUAUUUCAUGUUGAAGUACCCACCCAGUUUCCAGAAGACCCGCCUACCUUCACGUUCCAGUCUAUAUACCAUGAAAAUAGCGGUAAACCAUACAUGAAGAGUUCUAAGGACUACCCCUACAGCCCGCGAUGGUCAGGCAAUGAAAUGGUGGAGCGAGCAUGGUCCUACAUACUAGAUAAUAUUGGAGGAUUUCAGAAAGCUUCAAUCACUGGGGGAUCAUAUAACUGAUGUCGUCUGCCUUCUACAGGGACAUAACUGUUGUCAUCUGCCUUCUAAAAGGAUGAGGGGAGAUUCAC